CUUCUUUAGAAAGGUGCGUUACUGACUAUGUUAGAUACUAAAUUUGGUUUCUAGCUUUGCUUUAGAAUUGAUGUUAACCUAUACCACUGAAGCUUCUGGAGAACGUGAAGAAACAUCUCUAAAGUGGGCCAAAUUACUUUCCGUGCAUGAUUCAUUCAUGCAUGAACUUUCUCAGGAAGUAAUUACUAUUGGAUCAUCUGAAGAAUGUAUGAUUGUUAUAAAACAUGAAGAAGUUUCAAGUCCACAUUGCCUUUUGAUGAAAGAUCCAGACGAUGUCAUAUGGUUGUACGAUUGUAGCAAGACUGGGACACGUUGUAAUGAUGGCAAGUGGUUACAGCAAGAUUGUGUCACGCUUCACACUGGUGACUAUUUCUACCUUUUAUGGGAUGAAGUAGAUGUGACUAAGCGUAGGUUUAUCUAUACUGCCAGAAAAGAAUAAUAUUUAUGUGCCUGUUUCUUAAGGAGUUGGAUUCUGCGUUCUUUUUGUUGAUGAUUUUAAACUUUUGGCUUCCUCUGGUGAGUCUAAUAAGAUCAAAACUACGGAACUACCGUUACAACCAUCAUCAUCAUCAUCACCACAGUUUAUGAAGCCAUCAACAUCAAAUGAUGAUACUGAUUUAGAAAAUUGCUUAACAUGUGUUAUUUGUGGAGAUAUCUAUUUCGAGUGUUGUAGGUAUGUUGACUACACUUGCCCGUAUGAUAUGUCGGUUUUUCCAACACAGUGUUCAACCGUGUUUACACAGUUUCUGCACACUCUGUUGGUUGAGAUGUAAAAGAUAUGAAUGUCCAAUGGUAAGUCAGAUUGUAUUAUUUCCUUGAUUAUUUUCUCUUCCCAUUAUGUUUGCUUUAAGUGUCGUAAAUCAGUGUCAGCGUAUGCUAAAAAUCACCAAUUAAAUAAUUUAGUUGAUGUAUUCCUUCGUAAACAUCCAGAGAAGUUAAAAUCUGAAUCCGAACAAAAUGAAAUAAAGCAAGAAAUUGCAAGAUUAACACGCCUUCCAAAUCACACUCGUCGAUACAAUAAUCGAACUAGAAGGAAUAGAGAGAGAAUUACUCUUCCUGGUGGUGACUAUGGUUUACUGAGUAGUUCCUCUGGCGUCUUUCCUGUUGUUCCGACCAUCACUACCACCGCAACAACUCGCAGUGUUUCUUCUGGUCCGAUAAUUAUGCCCACUUCCUUACCGAUGAGUGCUGGUUGUGUUAUAUGUUCAUGGUUACCACCAUCAUAUGACCGUCGUGGCAAUAGUAUGACAAGUAUUAGUGGCAUUACUCUUGGCGACCAUGGUCCAAGAAUUGAAGAAUGUUCAGCGCAUUGUUAUUGUACAUGUUGUAAUAGACCAAUGCCUAGUCGAACAACAACAAUUUCACAACUACAUAACAUAAAUCGAACAGAAUGUGAAGUGUGCCGGCGUACAUUUUGUUCUUUAAUCAAUCCAUAUGGAUGUUCAACAUGUGAUGGUUAUUGUUUAUCUCGUGUACAAGAUUUGACUAGAUACAAUUCAAUACCUCGUAAUUUAUUAUUGAAUAAUCGUAUAGAGACAAGGAUUCUUGAUGAUUAUCUUACCUCUCAGGGUAUUUCAAUUCCAACAUUUAUCAAUCAUUGUUUAACAUUUUAUAUUAAUACAACAUCAAUUUAUUCAUCAUGUAUAUUAAAUAGAAAUUCAUUAAUUUGUAAAAAUUGUAGUGAACGUUUACUUAGUCAAUUAGCUUAUCAAUAUCGUUUAUCUAUAUGUCCAAAUGAAUUACCAACUGAUGUCAUUAUUAAACCAAAUUGUUAUUAUGGACAAUAUUGUCGUUAUCAAAGUUAUAAUUAUAAUCAUGCUAGACGUUUUAAUCAUAUUUGUGAAAGAUCAAUUUAAUUUAAUUUUCAUUUAAUUUAAUGAUAUUCUUUCAUCUCCCUUCUUUUUAAAAGAAGGGAGAUGAAUACUACUUUUUUUUGCCAAUAAGUAGUCAUUAGUAGUAUAUACAGCUUCUUUUUUCCCUUUUUGUUGUUGUUAUUGAUUUAUUAAUCUGUAUGACAAUCUCUAAUAUAUUUUAUUGAAGAUUUCUGCAUUUACCUUAUAGAAAUUGUUCUAUUUUGUUGUGUUUAAGAGUCAUAGAGACUAAUAAUACAAUUACCAUUUUUGUCUUUUUUUUCUCCUUUUGAUUAUUUUUCUUUCCCCUUGAGAAAAAAAAUUUUUUUUCAAAUCAGAAUUGUUAAAAUUUCUUUUAAAUAAAUUGAAUAUUCAUCAUAAUAGUUGAGAUCAAGUUAAUUAAGGCUACACUACCAUGGAGAACCUGGAAGCACUGGACGACCGUUU